UAAUAAGUAUCGAUGUCGUAUCAAUGCGAUAUCAGUAUCUGAUUACUAUUAUGUACUUUCACUUUAUAAAUCUCUGACUUUAAAAAGUAGAUUUUAUCUGUGUAUUAUUCAUUUAUAGUUGAAAAAGUAUAUAUAAUUCAAACUACAGUUACUCUACAAAUUUCAACGAGAAUACGUCACCUUUAAUUGACAUUUCUGUGAUAAAGCAUAGAAAUGAGUCAUAUUAGGAGCUUACGUCAUACUAUGUCUUGUUUAAAUAUUUGGAAAUUGAAAAGACAGAUAUUAAUCAAGAAUGGAUAUAGAGAUAUCCAUCAUUCGUGUAAAGUAUUAGUAGUGGGUGGUGGUACCGGAGGUUGCAGCAUGGCUGCAAAAUUCGCUGAUACAUUUAAAGAUCAAGUUGUCAUAAUAGAACCAAAUGAAAUACAUUAUUAUCAACCAAUGUUUACUUUGAUCGGUGGUGGCAUAAGAUCUUUUGAACAUUCAAAAAGGUUAAUGAAAGAUACUCUACCAAAGAAUGCAAAGUGGUUUCAAGAAAAUGUAAUGAGUUUUGAACCAUCACAUAAUCAAGUGACUAUGAGCAAUGGAGAUACUGUUCAAUAUGAAAUCAUGAUCAUUGCAAUGGGUUUGCAAUUACAUUGGGAAAAAAUACCAGGUUUAAUAGAAAGUCUUAAAGAUAAUAUGUCAGGUGUUUGCUCGAUUUAUGGACCUGAGACGGUUAUAAAUGUGUUUCCAAAAAUUACAAGAACCAAGGGUGGUACUGCAAUAUUUACUUUUCCAAACAGUCCUGUUAAGUGUCCUGGAGCACCUCAAAAGAUUGCAUAUAUCGCAGAAGAGUAUUUUCGAAAUCAAAAAGUACGCGAUAAUGUAAAGGUUGUGUAUAACACUGCAUUACCAGUUAUAUUUGGAGUUAAAAAAUAUGCUGAUGCUCUUUGGGAUGUUUGCAAAAGAAGGAAUAUUACUGUAAAUGUUCAAACUAAUCUGAUAAAGAUAGAUCCAGCUACAGAAGAAGCUGUAUUUCAAAAAUUAGAUGGAUCAAAUGAAACGUUUGUUGAAAAAUAUUCAUUACUUCAUGUAUGUCCACCAAUGGGUCCACCUGAUGUUUUAAAAAAACAUCCUUCAUUAACAAACGAAGUAGGAUUUUUGUCAGUUGAUCCGAAAACUCUACGUCACACGAAGUACUCGAACAUAUACGGAAUCGGAGAUUGUAUUAGCACACCAAACUCUAAAACUAUGGCAGCAAUAGCUGCUCAGGGAAAAGUAUUGUAUAAAAACAUUAUGGAUGACUUGGCUGGUAAACCAAUGAUUAUGGCCUACAAUGGUUAUUCAUCCUGUCCUUUAGUUACUGGUUAUAACAAGUGUAUUUUGGCAGAAUUUGAUUAUAAUUUGCAACCAUUGGAAACAUUCCCCGUAAAUCAAGGUCGAGAAUAUUAUUUCAUGUUUAUACUGAAAGCCUACAUAUUCCCACUUUUAUAUUGGACCUUAAUGAUUCGUGGAAAAUGGGAUGGACCUGAAUUUUUCAGGAAAUAUUCAAAUGUGAUAAAAAAGAAGGAAGUAGCUAAAAUUUAAAUAGUAUUUCGACCAAAUAUUUAAA